AUGGGAGGACAGGAAAGGUUCGAACACCGCCAGGCCCUCGAAGGGUUGCAUGGCCUCGGCGGCCUGGGCCGCUGUGGAACUUGUGGUGAGGGCGCUCGAGAGCCACCCAAGCGAUGCCGAAGUGCAGAUGCGUGCGAGCUGGGCUCUGGCACGAUUAUGCAAGGACUCCCAGGAGCGCGCUGCGAAGGCCGCGAAGGCGCUCAGGAGAGCCCACCAACAGAUCAUGAAGCAGGCGGAGCCCGGCCCAGCCUCCCAGCCCCGACUCCGGAGAGACGCACCGAAGCACCGGUAGCCCAAGAUGAUUUCGGUUCGCCAGCAGAGUCAGAGGCUGAGGAGAGGCUCAAAGCGGCAAUGAAGGGCGGGGAUGCCGAAAAGCUGAGCCUCGCAAUCCAGGCGGCCAAGGCUGCGAAGGUAAGAGCCGAAGUUCUCGUGGAGGCUCAUGAGGCACUCCUCCGGCUGCAUAAGGACUCCACAAAAAGCGCGACAUCGGCUAUGGCUUCGCUGCGACGUCCGCUGAACAUGGACAGGUCGGACAUCCCGGCGGGCAUCCGAAUAUGCGAGGCCCUCGACGAGAUCUACGAAUGCUUCCAAACAUCAAAAGACGCCACUGGAGACAAGCUCCUAAAGGCUUGCUGCGAGGAGGCACGGCAACCUGCGGCACACACGCGCCUAAAGCAAAGCGUGUUCGGGCUCCUGGAGCCGGAGGAAAUCAAGGAGUUCCUCCUGGCGCCGGACCACCAGAUGUGGAUGGAGAUCAAGGAGAGAACCGAAAGGUUUCUGCACCUGCUGGAUGAGCCAGGAAUACGGGUGCCGUGGAAAGUGCAGAGCAUCACGCCGGAGUCCGGAUGCCAUGUCUUGCGGACACUGCGGCCGGUCAUCAUGGACCAGACAAUUCGAGAGCCUGCUACAAACACGCCGUUCGGGCACACCGGCUUCAUGAAGUACCUCACCCUUCAAAUUAUUCGCCGCAUGGGCUUCAAUGACAUCGCUAUUACAGGCCAGUACUACGCUUCCUCCUACACUCCCGAGACACAAAUCCUGGAGUGGAUGAAAUACAACGGCGAUUCCAUGGAUGGCAUGGUCGCAAUGUUUGGGCCGGGGGAUCGCGUAGCGGGAAUCCAUGCCAUCCGAAACUUUGAUAUUCCGAACGCCUUCUUGGACUUGACGCUGAAGGCCAGCAUCCGAUUCAAGGAUGCAAACUUUGUCGAAUCGGUCCUGGAGGCAGUGAACGAGUUGGACAGGAUUUUUCGUGAGAUGAAGUUGCCAGAAGAUCCCUGGCGGAGCGAUGCGGAGGUGAACGGAGGCGUCGGUGGCAAAGGCGAGAUAUCGCUCAACCUGGUGGACCUUAUGGAGUUUCUGGAUCUACAGCCGGGUGAGACGCUGGAGGAGGAGAAGAAGCCCCAACAGCUGAGGGCUGAGGAGGCCUUUGCCAGGUGGAAGAAGUCAGAUGCCUUUCGGAGGCGGGUGGUGGCCAUUCUCACGGAGGAGGGCCGAGGAUGCGCCAACUACACAGACUACGGGGUGAUCACAAGGUGGCUCCGAAAGCAUUUCCCCGAGAAGGAGAAGUACCGCAUCCUCAUCCACGCGCAUGCUGGGGAUGGCAAUACGCAAGACGCUGCAGGCAUAGAAGCAGCGUUGAACGGAGCAAACGGCGUAUGGUCAGCGGUGAUACCUCAGGCAGCCCAAGGUGGGCACAACUCCAGUCUUGUGUUCCUGGACAACAUGUUCCAGUUGGGCAACGAAAAUGUGCUGAAAGAUCUGGCUAUUCCAAGCAUCCCAAUGUGCUCGCUACAUCUACUACCUAAACUUCAACACCUACGACAUCCCUGGUGA